UACAUCAUCGAGGCCGUCACAAGUGAGGACCCCCCCUCAAAGACAGCAGAGAUGUACCCCAUGUUCCUGGUGCUGCUGGCUCUGGCGGUUCUGGCGCUGGCGGCUGUGGGCGUCGUGGUCUCCAGGAAGAGGAAGAGGGAACACGGGCAGCUUUGGUUCCCCGAGGGAUUUAAGGUCACAGAACCCAAAAAGAAACGAAGGGAACCGGUUGGAGAGGAUUCUGUUGGGCUCAAGCCUCUGAAAAACUCGGACAGCUCUCUGAUGGAUGAACAACUGAGCGAAUGGGCAGAAGACGACACGGCUAAACGGUUCCGGUUUGAGGAGCAGUCUAUUCUGGACAUGAGCGGUCAGCUGGAUCACCGGCAGUGGACACAGCAGCACCUGGACGCCGCCGACCUGCGGCUGAACUCUAUGGCUCCGACUCCACCGCAGGGCGAGAUCGAGAACGACUGCAUGGACGUCAAUGUCCGCGGGCCUGACGGCUUCACUCCGCUGAUGAUCGCAUCGUGCAGCGGCGGAGGUCUGGAGAACGAAAACGGCGAGGGAGAAGACGAUCCCUCCGCUGACGUCAUCACCGACUUCAUCUACCACGGGGCCAACCUGCACAAUCAGACAGACCGGACCGGCGAGACCGCGCUGCACCUGGCUGCCCGCUACGCCCGCUCAGACGCCGCCAAACGCCUGCUGGAGUCGUGCGCCGACGCUAACGUUCAGGACAACAUGGGCCGCACGCCUCUCCACGCCGCUGUUUCUGCUGACGCACAGGGAGUCUUCCAGAUUCUUAUUCGGAACCGAGCUACGGAUCUGGACGCCCGCAUGCAUGACGGAACGACUCCGCUGAUCCUGGCCACCCGAUUGGCUGUCGAGGGAAUGGUGGAAGAGCUCAUUAACUGCCAUGCAGAUCCCAAUGCUAUUGAUGAUUCUGGUAAAUCUGCUCUUCACUGGGCGGCUGCAGUUAAUAAUGUGGACGCUGCUGUUGUUCUUCUGAAGAAUGGAGCGAAUAAAGACCUACAGAAUAACAAGGUGGGUUUGUGCAUCAGAGUGUCAGUGAAUUUAUAA